GAUGGCCGUCGAUGUUUCAGGCUGAGCUUCUGCAUGUGUUGUAGUGUAUAUGUCUCGGUGAUGGCUGCUGUUAGAAAUAGAUUUUGUCACAAAGCCUCUUGGCUAGUACAGUGUCGUAGGCUUCAUAUCAGCCUGGUUCAAGAAAAGGCCAAGACAGGAGCAGAGCACAUAUGGCUCACCAGGCAGAAGAGGGACCCCUACGUAAAAGCAGCGCAGGAACAAAACUACCGCUGCCGCAGCGCUUGGAAGCUCCUUGAAAUUGAUAAGGAGCAGAAAAUCCUGCUGCCAGGACUUCAUGUGAUCGAUUGUGGUGCUGCCCCAGGGGCCUGGAGCCAGGUGCUCAUUGAGAAAGUCAAUUCCUUGGGGCAAGAUCCUACAGCAAGUGUUGGCUUUGUAUUAGGUGUGGAUCUUCUUAAUAUAUUUCCCCUAGACGGAGCAGUGUUCCUCUCCAAAUGUGACCUCACAGAUCCCGCCACACACCAGGAAAUAGUCAGACUUCUCCCAUCUGGCAAAGCAGAUGCCAUUUUGAGCGAUAUGGCUCCCAAUGCCAGUGGAUUCAGGGAGCUGGAUCACCAUAGAUUAGUCAGCAUGUGUCUGUCUCUUUUGGACUUGGCAGCCAUUGUUCUGCAACCAGGGGGGAAUUUUCUCUGCAAAAUCUGGGAUGGCAGUGAAAGCAAUACAUUAAGACACAGACUGCAACAAAGAUUUCAACAUGUCAAGACUAUAAAGCCUAAAGCUAGCAGAAAAGAGUCUGCCGAGAUAUAUUUGCUGGCAAAAUCAUACAAAGAAAACCAAUCUGCACACAGAUAAUUCCUUGUAAUCCAACAUAAAAACACCUUCUGUGGGUACAAAUGUAUCC